AUGUUAUUCGUUUCAUCAUACGGCAUUGGCGGUCGUCGUAAUUCAACCUUUAUCUUUGCUUUGGAUGCUAAAACCCUUGGGGAAUGUCACAGUUGUCAGCAUAGUCGAAAAUUGAAAUCAAAUGUGGAUGAAUCUCCCACACCUUUGUUCCAUACUUCCAUAGUUUGUUCCAUGUUCUUUUUAUGUGAGCAAAAUGUAAGCAAUCCAACACAUAUCGCUUGCUUUGCAGGAGAUCCAUAUAUUGUUGCGUCCAAAGUACAAUCGAACACAGCCUAUGCUAGUGGGAUGAUCUACAGAGCUUUCUUGGAUAAAAAGAGGGAGGAAUACAAGGGAUAUCCACCACAACCGAGCUGUGAAGUUUAG